UAAUUUAGUGUUGGCCGAAGUUACCAGCAGUACAAAUGCGCUGUGUGUGUUUAGUCAGUUAAUUAACUGAACAAUAAUAUUUUGAUUUUGUUUGUGUUAUCUAUCUUUUUGUAUUGUUUUGUAAAUUUUAUUUAUUCUGAAUUGAAAUUCAAAAUAAAUUCAGUGGAUUUUUUGCCGGGCUCUAACAAUCCCACCUAGGCUAACAAAAACAACCACAACAACAUACAUAGAUAUUAAAACAAAAACAACAACUGAUACAGCAACAACAACACUAUUAACCCCUUAAAGAGCUUAGGAAAAGAAAAAAACAUAACAAGUGAUUGCAAAUAAAUAAAUACAUAAAUAAAAACAAUGUCAAGUGUUGGUGGUUUUGUGAUUUAUGAUUGUGACAUUGGCAUUGAUGAUGCCUGGGGUCUGCUUAUGCUCCUCAAAGGUGAGCAGUUGUUUAAAAAACUCUCACAAAAUGAUAAAAUAGAUAUGGAUAAAGAGAGACUGCCUGAGGUUUAUAAAAUACUGGCAAUCACCUGUGUACAGGGCAAUACAGAUGUCGAUAACUGUGCCCAAAAUGCCUUGAGAGUAUUGGAUAGUGUGGAUCGAUUAGAUAUACCCGUUUAUAAGGGCUGCAAUAAUCCCAUUCUACCCCUUUCCUGUCCACGCACCAGUUAUUUUUAUGGUAUCGAUGGCUUUGGUGAUAUUUCCGAUUUACCCGAAGUAACUGCAACUCAACCUCAAACUCAACAUGCUGUUAAUAUGAUGUACUCUUUGGUUUGUACGUAUCCAUAUAUGAUUGAUUUUAUUUUGGUGGGUCCUCUGACAAAUUUCGCCAUGUGCAUAAAUAUGUAUGGUGAGGCGUUUUUGAGUAAAGUUCGUAAUAUCUAUGUCAUGGGUGGAAAUUAUAGAGGCAAAGGCAAUAUGACCAAAUGUGCAGAGUUUAAUUUUAUGAUGGAUCCCGAAGCUGCUCACAUUGUUUUCGAAAAUGUCAAAGACCAUGUCAUCACCGUGCUGCCCUGGGAAACCUGUAUUGAUGGCGAUAUGAAUUUAGAAAUGGACUGGCGCAUAAAUGAGCUGGGCAAAGUUGAAUCGAAAGCGAUGCAACUGAUGAACACAGUGGAAUGUGCCGUGUAUUUACCCAAAGGUUUUGUUAAAUGGAUUGUUUGUGAUGCCAUACUGGUGGCGGCAUAUUGUUUUCAGGAAUUGUCCAUAGCCAGACAACGUCUGUACCAUGCCACCGUCGAGCUAAACGGUACACAUACGCGCGGUCAAAUGGUACUCGACCAUUUGCGUAGAAACAAUGAAAAUGCCCAGAUCAUAAUGGACAUGCACAAGGACAACUACAAACAAAUUAUAUCGUGGACAGGUGGUUUGAUAGAUGAUGCAGAUAUGCAAAAAUGGCUGUUGGCGAAACUGUAGGAAAAAAAAAAGGAAUAUGAAAAUGUAAAAAAGUAGGGAGAGUUAUCAGAGUAUUCUAAUAUACAUACGUUAUUUAGAAUAUUAGUUGAAUAAAAAAAACAGGAUACUCGUUCAUAAAGGAUGUGGCAUGAAUAAUUAUUGUUUGUAAAUAUGUGCUUGAUGUGCUGCAACAAUAAAGUGACCCAAUUAGUAAGCGAUGCAUAUGUAUGUGACAAUAUUAUAUUAAAUAUUUUUAAUUUAAGAACAUAAAUUUAGUAAUAACUUUUAACUGAAAUAAAAUAACUUAAAUAUAGAAUAAAUAUUAAAUAAUAUAUAAUAUAACCAUUAGCAAUAUGUGUACAUUUGUAAUAAUAAAUA